CUGUCUGCACUACGGUCGAUAUCGACAGUCCCCCUAGGUAGACGGUAGGCCGAGUACCGGGAUUUCACAAGUUGCAAAAUGGUCUUCCGGAUGCUUGGACUCCAAGCGUUGGAGGCGCUGCUCGUCCGUCAGCUGCUCGCCAGCCGGACGUUCCACCGGGUCGUCGGGAAGGUUCAUGACCAGGUCCAGCGCAUGAAACACGGCCUGCCUCCUCCAGACACGCCCCGGAUAAGCGGUUUCGACCGCCUCCAGAACCCUGCCGCAGAUUCGAACCCGAGUAAAUUCUGGAUAUACUUCAAGGAGGAGAUUCAGAAUCAACUGAAGAAGUAGACGGACAAGUUUGCAUGGACAUCUGAAUGUUCGUCUGCGGAACUGUUAUAUUGUCGAUGAAUUAUGAUACCCAGAACAAACCAACCAAACAGUUUAUGCUUGA